GGGGUUACUAUUAGAGGUUAGGGAGUGAGAGGGAGCGGGUUGUUAAGCAGAAAAGUGGGUCCCUGUGCGGAGGGUCACAUUCCGCACCUGUUUUCUGAUUCAUGAUGUCAUGCAGUUGCACCAUUUCACCGCUAGAUGGCGGUACACUUUCCCUGAAAUUCUCCAUUAGCCCUGGAGGAGUAUAAGGUAGAGGAGUCAGGAAAUGAUGUCAGCUCCUAUGAACACACCUUAUUCACCUGGGCAGGGAGCUGGAGGCUUCACAGAGUCAGAGCUGCCACAGAGGGGGAGACAGGGAGCAGCACCAUGGACAAGGAGGCCUCAUCCCACUGGGACAUGGGGCUCCUCAGGACCUUCGACUCCAAGGAGUUCUGUGGGUGGGAGAAGAUCGGCUCCGGAGGGUUCGGACAAGUCUACAAGGUGAAGCACAUCGCCUGGAAGACAUGGCUGGCCAUCAAGUGUCCUCCCAGCCUGCAUGUGGAUGAGAAAGAACGUGUCGAGCUGGUCGAAGAGGCCAAGAAGAUGGAGAUGGCCAAAUUUCGUUGUAUCUUACCAGUGUACGGGAUCUGCAGUGACCCAGUUGGUCUUGUCAUGGAAUAUAUGGAGGCCGGAUCUCUGGAGAAGCUCUUGGCUUCGGAACGUCUACCAUGGGAUUUAAGAUUUAGGAUUAUUCAUGAGACGGCCGUAGGGAUGAACUUCCUUCACUGCAUGAAUCCUCCUCUUCUUCACCUUGACCUCAAGCCGGCAAACAUCCUACUUGAUGAACAUUACCAUGUCAAGAUAUCCGAUUUUGGACUUGCCAAGUGGAACGGCUUGUCUAAUUCCCAUGAGUUGAGCUUGGACGGGAUCUGUGGGACCAUCGCCUACCUCCCACCUGAACGCUUCAAGGAGAAGAACAGAAGCUUUGACCCCAAGCAUGAUGUAUACAGUUUCGCAAUCGUUGUUUGGGGGAUCCUCACCCAGCAGAAGCCCUUUGCAGAUGAGAAAAACAUUUUGCAUAUUAUGGUAAAAGUAGGAGGGGGUCUGCGCCCCGACUUAUCGCACAUACCGAGAGCUCGACCCCAACAGUGCGACGAGAUGAUCAAACUGAUGCAGCGGUGCUGGCAGGACAAGCCCAACAAACGGCCAACAUUUCAAGAAAUUACCUCGGAGACAGAGCUGUUGUGCACAAAACAUGAAGAUGAGGCCAUUUCACUCACUGGUCAAGAAUCGGAGGCCCAAGCAACUGCAGACACCAAAGAACAGGAUUUGGCCAACCAGUCAGAACCCAAAGGAUAUCCGAUGUAUGAUAAAGACUACAGUCUCUCUGAGCUUCUCUCCCAACUGGAUUCUGGAAUUUCCCAAACUAUAGAAGGUCAGGAAAGCUUGUGUCAUAGUGCUUCUGAGCCAGAGCUGGCGCCAAGUGACAAGCGUCUGUCUGGAAUCUCCUCAAUUGACUCCGCCUUCUCAUCCAGAGGAUCCCUCAACUUGUCCUUCGAAAAAGAUGGCUCAGUAGAAGAUCUUAGCACCACUGAGAUCCAGAAAAAGAAGCUGAUUGAUGCCAUCUUGAAUGGAGACAAUGCCAAGCUUCUGAAGAUUCUCCAGCCUCAGGAUGUUGAGUUGGUGUUGGAAGGGAGGUCCAGCCUUCUUCACCUGGCAGUCGAGGCCGGACAGGAGGAGUGUUCAAAGUUGCUUCUUCUCUACAAUGCCAGCCCCAACAUGACCAACUUGAAAGGUUCCACCCCACUCCACAUUGCUGCGGAAAAGAAACAGAAAGGCAUUGCGGAACUACUCCUUUCGAAGAAGAUCAACGUCAAUGCCAAGGAUGAAGAUCACUUUACAGCUCUUCACUUUGCCGCUCAGAAUGGAGAUGAGGUUGUAACGCGGUUGCUGUUGGAGAAAAACGCCUCUAUGAGUGAGGUUGACAUUAAAGGCCGGACACCUCUUCAUGUUGCGUGCCAACAUGGUCAAGAGAGUAUUGUCCGUCUUUUCCUCCGGCGUGGCGCGGACAUUAAUGUCUCAGGACUGGAGAACUGGGUGUCCCUACACUAUGCUGCCUGGCAGGGUCACUUAAAUAUCGUGAAGCUUCUUGCCAAGCAAUGUCAGGCCAAUCUCAACUGCCAGACAUCUGACGGAAGAACCCCAUUGCAUCUAGCAGCUCAACGAGGACAUUACCGAGUGGCUCGAAUUCUGGUGGAACUUGGUUGUGACGUGAACAUAGCGAACAUGCAGUUAAAGACGCCUCUGCACAUCGCUGCCGAGACUGGUCAUACCAGCACAGCCCGGUUCCUCAUCCAUCAUGGUGCCAAUAUCAAUGCUGCUACGGUAGAGGGCUACACUGCCCUAGACCUGGCUGGCCAUUACCGACAUUAUUCUGCUGUUAAGCUUCUGAUGGAUGCCAGACCAGUGCUCACUUGUGAGGAAUCCAUCCUUUUUGUGGAAAACGUAUGACAUGAGAUUGUAUGGAUGAGGGACAUCCCUCAGGUUUUGUAACAAGAUGAUCAUUUCUCCAGCAACUUUCAAGUAUUUUCAAUCAAAGGCAAAAAGAGAUCUCAAUCAUCUUGUGUGGACUUGGUCGGCACACGUGGAUGGAAUAAUAAUCUCUGUGGAGAAAAUAUAUCCACAUCACUACCUAAAAACACGGGACAUCGACCAUAAGGACAUUAUAAUGUAAAAGGAAUCAGCAAUGACAAUCCUUCUCGUAAUCCAUGUGCAUUUUGGUUAUUACAAUGUCCAGUUUUUGGUUUGGAUUUUGCUUUUUUUAUUUUUUAUAUAAACAUUUCUGCAUUUGUUCAGUUCUACCUGGAUUGUGAUCACCAGGACUACUCUUUGUUUUGGUCAGUGUCCCUCAACAAAUGUAAUACUGAAUAAGCACAAAUGUGCUCGCUUGUAUGGUCAAUGACCACUGUCUGGUGCCCAACAUGGUCUUCAAAUCAGAAAUCAGGUCCUCAAGGAACAAGUCGUAGCUGGCCCUACACAAUAGAUAGGUGUCGAGUGAACCCGCUGACCAUAUGUUGCGGGAGAGAAAGAUCAGGCAUGUUUGACAUCAGAUGCCCUGUCCUUCUCUUUUCUUUGAGGGAAGCAGGGGGGAUAAGACGAAACCAAUCCCACAACACACACACACACACUAUUGAAAACACAUGCACACUUGGCCGAGCCCAACACGCAGGUGGAUAGGGAUCGGGAGAUAUAGCUGUCGGCCAAACUGUCAGCUAUCUGAUGUGUAUGACCGGCUUUAGGAUUAGAAGUCAUCUACCACUUUUGUUCUGUUACUUGUGUCCUAUGUAUUAGGGUGUGACUAUGGGUUAUCUCAACUCAUUAGGAUGGCAUAGUCAUCCUCUUCUCAUGGGCUGUAAGGAGACCUCUUCUGUAUGCCAGUGUGGAAGAGCUGCUCCUAGUCUGGAGAACUUGGUAUGACCUUUGUGCCUUAUUGCCCCUGCCUCCCGGUAGUUUAUCUGUAAGUGGAGAAAAUAAUAGGAUAACCAGAGGGGGGGGGGGGGGGGGCCUCGUGUGAUACCGUAAGGCUGGUAAGAGGAGGAAAGAUAGUGGGGCCUAUUCGACCCCUAGGUAGUAGCUGCUCACCUUGCAGCAAGUAAAAACUUGCGUAUCAACCCACAAAGGGGUUUAAAGAGCAAGCCGGAAUCGCUGCUGGAGAGGUGAAACAGUUUCCUGAGACAGGACCAAUGGUAGCAAA